AUGAUGUUUGCCAUGUUCCUUCUAUUCUUCAAACAUGGAAAAGCGGACAAAAAAUAUUUAGUAAUGUUUCUUUUUUUCCGUACAAACAUUUUACGAUUUUUAAGCACGAAAAGCAAGAAACAGGAAAAGACAGAUGACAAGUGGACAGCUGACAGAAAAAAAGUAUGGUGGAAAGCAAAAAAAAAUCUGAGCAGCACUUUUUUGAUAUCAGAAUCUCAGAACCUCAGAAUUUCAGAAUCUCAGAAUCUCAGAAUCUCAAAAUCUCAGAAUCUUGGAAGAACAGAGUCUCAGAAUCUCAGAAUCUUGGAAGUUCAGAAUCUCAGAAUCUCAGAAUCUCAGAAUCUUGGAAGAUCAGAGUCUCAGAAUCUCAGAACCUUGGAAAAUCUCAGAAUCUCAGAAUCUCAGAAUCUCAGAAUCUCAGAAUCUCAGAAUCUCAGAAUCUCAGAAUCUCAGAAUCUCAGAAUCUCAGAAUCUCAGAAUCUCAGAAUCUCAGAAUCUCAGAAUCUCAGAAUCUCAGAAUCUCAGAAUCUCAGAAUCUCAGAAUCUCAGAAUCUCAGAAUCUCAGAAUCUCAGAAUCUCAGAAUCUCAGAAUCUCAGAAUCUCAGAAUCUCAGAAUCUCAGAAUCUCAGAAUCUCAGAAUCUCAGAAUCUCAGAAUCUCAGAAUCUCAGAGUCUCAGAAUCUCAGAAUCUCAGAAUCUCAGAAUCUCAGAAUCUCAGAAUCUCAGAAUAUCAGAAUCUAAGAAUCUAAGAAUCUAUGAAUCUAAGAAUCUCAGAAUCUAA